AUGCCGGGGAGCGACAAGACCGCUGGCGGCUCGGAGGGCGGCGCGACGUCCAGCAAGCGCGGGCGGACGAGGGGCGCGGCGAAGAAUGACGGCGCCGACGACGAGUCCCCGCGGCCCGACGAGGACGCCGAACGCCUGCGCCUCUGGGAGCAGGAGAACGAGGUCAUCCGGCGCGCCGAGGAGGUCCAGGCCACGCGCGACGCGGCGCAGCAGCAGCCGUACCCGGAGCCCCGGCGCAGGCCCGCCAAGGCCCACUGGGACGCGCUGCUCGAGGAGGCCAUCUGGCUGGCCAAGGAGUUCCAGCGCGAGCGCCGGUGGAAGCUCCUGCAGUGCCGGAAGUACGCCAACGCCGCGAAGCGCUCCGGGCGCGACCUGGAGUCGCGCGUGGUGCUGCGCGCGCAGGAGGAGGAGCGGGCGGUGCGCAGGCGCGCCAAGGACGUGUGCGUGGAGGUGCAGCGGUUCUGGAAGAACGCGGAGCGCGUCGUGCUGCACAAGUACCACCGGGAGCUCGAGCGGCGGAAGAAGGAGGUGCUCGACAAGCACCUGGACUUUUUGGUGGGGCAGACGGAGCGGUACUCGCUGAUGCUGGCCAAGGGGCUCGAGGAGGAGCAGGCGCGGGAGGGGAUGGGGUUCGCGGCGCGCGGAGCGGCGCCGGCGCCGGCUCCGGCUCCGGCGGGGGGGAGUGGCGGUGGCGGUGGCGGUGGCGGUGGUGUGGGUGAGGAAGGGGGGGGUCUUACGGCGCUGGACGAGAAGCACGAGGACGACGCGGACGCCGGCUCCGACGUCGUCCUCGCCGACCACGAGCUGAACGAGGUCGACGACGAGAACACCCUCGAGGAGGAGGAAGCCAUGAUGGCGGCGGAGCACGGCGGCGACACCAAGGCGAUGCACAAGGCGGAGAUCAAGGGCCUGGAGGACGAGGCGAACAUACCGGUGGAGGAGCUGCUGCGGCGGUACCGGGAGCAGGCGGGCGGCGGCACGCCGUCGGACGACGGCUGGGCGUCGGGCAGCGACGGCGAGGACGACGGGGACGCGGACGCGGGCGGGGCGCCCGCGGCGCCGGCGUCGCCCGAGGUGGCGAUCGCGCCGACGACGAAGCGUCGCGCCGCGCAGGCGGCGCGCGCCACGGCCGGGGGCGCGGGACCGUCGCAGCCGCCUGGCGCCGACGCGGGGGCCGAGGACGUGGCCGUGCUGCACGGCGACGACCACGACGACGCGGACGCCGGCUCCGACGUCGUCCUCGCCGACCACGAGCUGAACGAGGUCGACGACGAGAACACCCUCGAGGAGGAGGAAGCCAUGAUGGCGGCGGAGCACGGCGGCGACACCAAGGCGAUGCACAAGGCGGAGAUCAAGGGCCUGGAGGACGAGGCGAACAUACCGGUGGAGGAGCUGCUGCGGCGGUACCAGCAGCAGGUGGGCCCGUCGGACAGCGAGGGGGAGUGGCCGUCGGACGACGAGGCUGCCGCGGGGAUGGUCAACGGCGGCGGGCGGCCCGCGAAGCGCGUGCGCUCGGAGACGCCGCCGGCGGAGCAGAGCAAGCGCGCGCGCGUCGUGUCGCCGGUGAAGGAGGAGGGCGACGACGGCGCCGGCCCGAGCGCCCCGGCGCGGGGUGGCGACGCGGGCAACGCCGCGGCGAAGGACGACGGCGCCGGCCCGAGCGAGGUGCGCCCGGCCAAGGCGCAGGCGGGGCCGGCGCAGGACCGGCCGAUCGACGUGCCGUUCCUGGUCCGCGGAGAGCUGCGGCCGUAUCAGAAGGUGGGCCUGGACUGGCUGGUGACGCUGUACCGGCGCAAGCUCAACGGGAUCCUGGCGGACGAGAUGGGGUUGGGGAAGACGUUCAUGACGAUCGCGGCGCUGGCGUGGCUGGCGGAGGAGCACGGCGUGUGGGGCCCGCACCUGGUGGUGGUGCCCACGAGCGUGAUGCUGAAUUGGGAGAUGGAGUUCAAGAAGUUCGCGCCGGGGUUCCGGCUGCUGACGUACUACGGCAACGUCAAGGACCGGCAGCUCAAGCGGCGCGGGUGGAACAAGCCCGGCACGUUCCACGUGUGCAUCACGUCGUACACGCUGGUGCUGCAGGACGCCAAGCUCUUCCGGCGCAAGAAGUGGAAGUACCUGAUCCUGGACGAGGCGCACAUGAUCAAGAACUGGCGCUCGCAGCGCUGGCAGACGCUGCUGAACUUCAACUCGAAGCGGCGCCUGCUCAUCACGGGCACCCCGCUCCAGAACAACCUGAUGGAGCUCUGGUCGCUCAUGCACUUCCUCAUGCCGCACGUCUUCACCUCGCACGAGCAGUUCCGCGCGUGGUUCUCCAACCCGCUCACGGGCGUCGUCGAGGGGCAGACGGCGCUCGAGCAGGGCAUCGUCGACCGCCUCCACGGCGUCCUGCGCCCCUUCCUCCUCCGCCGCCUCAAGGCCGACGUCGAGAAGAGCCUGCCCCCGAAGCACGAGCACGUCAUCUUCUGCCGGCUCUCCAAGCGGCAGCGGCAGCUGUACGAAGACUACAUGGCGUCGUCCGACACCCGCAGCGCGCUCUCCUCGGGCGGCUACCUCGGCAUCAUCAACGUGCUGAUGCAGCUGCGCAAGGUCUGCAACCACCCGGACCUGUUCGAGGGGCGCUCGAUCGUCUCGUCCUUCGAGUGCCCCGCCGUGCAGCUGCGGGUGCCGUCCGCCGUGCCCGUCGCGCACCGCAACCACCCGUUCGCGCCGGAGACCGUCGCGGGCGUGCACACGCUGACGCUGGGGAACUUCGGGCUGGAUCUGCUCGGGCGGUGCGUGGGGGGCGCGGGGCUGGACGACGUGGCGGCGGUGCGCGCGCAGGAGCUCGCGGUGCGGCCCGAGAAGAUCCUCGCGGUGCACAAGAAGGCCGUCGACGCGGAGCUGGACGCGAACGCGGCGCUGGAGAACGCGGCGGCGGAGCUGGCCGCGACGGGCCGCGCGCCAUCGCCGGCGGCCCUGUCGGCGCUGGCCACGCACGUGCGCGCCGUGAUGCUCGCGCGGAGGAGGUGGCGGCAGGCGCAGAUGGCGACCAACGUCGCCGUCGCCGCCGAGCGCCUCGCGCACGCCCGCCCGCUGUGCAGCGCGGGCCUGGUGCGCUUCCUGACGGGCGCCCUCGACACCUUCGCGCAGAGCUCCCCGCGGCAGCCGCGCGUGGACGCCAGCGCCGUGCACGUCGUCGCGCGCGACCACACGCGCUGGGCGGACUGGGCGGCCGCGCUCGCCGACCUGGUCGUGCUGCCGGAGCGCCGCGCGCGGGAGUGGGACGUCCUGCUGCGCCAGUUCGUGUUCGUGAUCCCGCACGCGCGCGCCAGCGCACCGGAGAUGGUCGUCGUGCAGCCCGACGCGUCGGACGUGCUCGCGGCGCGCGUCCGGCGCGAGCGGGCGUGGAAGGAGCUGGCGCCCGCGGCGGGGCUGCUGUGGACGGCCGCGGUGCGCACGCGGCUCUUCUUCCCCGACAAGAAGCUGGUGCAGUACGACUGCGGGAAGCUGCAGGAGCUCGACGCGCUGCUGCGGCGCCUGAAGCCGGGCGGGCACCGCGUGCUGAUCUUCACUCAGAUGUCGAAGAUGCUCGACGUCCUGGAGGUGUUUCUGAACAUCCACGCGCACUCCUACCUGCGGCUGGACGGCGCGACGAAGCCGGAGCAGCGGCAGAUCCUGAUGCAGAAGUUCAACCAGAGCAACAAGUACUUCGCCUUCAUUCUGUCGACGCGCUCGGGCGGCGUGGGCAUCAACCUGACGGGGGCCGACACGGUGGUGUUCUACGACAGCGACUGGAACCCCGCGAUGGACGCGCAGGCGCAGGACCGCUGCCACCGCAUCGGGCAGACGCGCCCCGUGCACAUUUACCGCCUGGUCAGCCGCGACACCAUCGAGGAGAACAUUCUGAAGAAGUCCGACCAGAAGCGGCACCUCGACCACCUGGCCAUCCAGUCCGGGGGGUUCGACCCGCAGGAGCUGCUCGGGGUCGCCGCGGCGCCGCGGAGCGACGGCGCGGCCGGCGAGGACGGGAAGUACGAGGACGCGAUGGACGAGGAGGACAAGGCGGACAUGGCGGCUGGGGCGCGCGAGGCGCAGGAGGACGCCGCGGAGUUCGAGGGCGAGGGUCGCGUGGAGGACGAGGGGGAGGAGGGGGCGGGGGGCAGCGGGGACGACGGGAGCGGGGACGAGGGCGGCAGCGGGGACGAGGGCUGCAGCGACGACGGCGGCUCGAAGGGCGGGCGCGGGCGCGGGCGCGGGCGCGGCGGCAGCGCGCGGCCGCGGGCGCGGGCGGGGUCGCGGGCGCGGCGGCAAGGCCAAGGCCGCCGAGGACGGCGGGGCCGGCGACGCCGCCCCGUCCGCGCCGGAGCCGGCCCUGCAGAUGCUCGAGGGCGAGGAGGAGUCGCUCGCGGAGCUCGCGCGCAUCCAGGAGGGCGCGGGCGGCGUGCAGGCUCCCCUGGAGGACCAGCUGCGCCCCGUCGAGCGGUACGGCGUGCGGUGGAUCGAAGACACGUGCCCGUGGCUGCGGUCCGAGGCGGUGGACCGCGCGGUGGCGGAGUACGAGCAGGAGGAGUUCGACCUGGAGGACCUGGAGGCGCGGAAGCGCGCGAUGGAGGCGGAGAUGGACGACGACGCGGAGGGGGUGGUGAUCGACGACUGGGACAGCGAGGUGGCGCGGCAGCAGUGGGACGGGCGCCUGGAGCACGCGCGGACGGUGUACGCCGAGCACGAGCGGCAGUAUCUCGAGUGGGAGGCCAAGCAGAAGGAGGCGGCGGCGGCGGCGCAGCGGGCGGCGGCGGCCAAGGCGGCGCGCACGGCCAAGGCGCAGCAGGCGGCCAAGGCGCAGGCGGUCAAGGUGCAGCAGGCGAAGGGGGCGGGCAAGGGGCGCGCCGGCGGCGCGGGUGCAGCGGCGGGGGGCGCGGGGGGGGCUGCGAGCGAAGCCGCGGAGACGCAGGGGCUGCAGUGGAACGAGCGUGCGUAUCUCGAGGGGCUGCAGGCGCCGUGGGAGCCGGCGGAGGACGCGGUGCUGAUGUGCACGGUGCUGCAGCGCUGCUCCGCGGGGCAGGUCGCGGCAGCCGAGGCGGCGUGCAGCGGGAUCGGGUCGAAGGACGCGGCAGCGGCGGCGAUCAUCAUCGCCGAGUCGCUCCCGGCGGCGGCGUGGGACCUGGCCGCGCUGGUGCUGCGUGCCGGCGCGUCGUCCGUCACGCUCACCGGCACCGUGGCCAGCGCGCUCUCCCAGCGGGACCGCCCCGCCGGCGCGUGCCAGAUGCGCUUCGCGCAGCUCGUGGAGGCGUACCUCGUCGCGCAUAG